CCUCCAUCUACUGCAUUCUCCAGCUGAACCAGUCCGCUGAGCUCCCGACCAUGCCCGAGCCGGCUAAGUCCGCUCCCGCCCCGAAGAAGGGCUCCAAGAAGGCGGUGACCAAGGCGCAGAAGAAGGACGGCAAGAAGCGCAAGCGCAGCCGCAAGGAGAGCUACUCCGUGUACGUGUACAAGGUGCUCAAGCAGGUGCACCCCGACACCGGCAUCUCGUCCAAGGCCAUGGGCAUCAUGAACUCGUUCGUCAACGACAUCUUCGAGCGCAUCGCGGGCGAGGCGUCGCGCCUGGCGCAUUACAACAAGCGCUCGACCAUCACGUCCCGCGAGAUCCAGACGGCCGUGCGCCUGCUGCUGCCCGGCGAGCUGGCCAAGCACGCCGUGUCCGAGGGCACCAAGGCCGUCACCAAGUACACCAGCUCCAAGUAGACGCGCGCGCACGCGGCCUCACUCCUGACCCAAAGGCUCUUUUCAGAGCCACCCACGAUUUCCCAUAGAGA